AUGACCAACGACGAUGGUGCGAGACGGAGGGCGGCGAGGGAGGCUGUGGAAGGGUUUUGUGAAGUGUACAAGGGGAUUAUGAAGGAGAAGAAUUUCAAAGGCUAUGAUAGACAACUCAUGCAAGACUUGCGCCUGAUCGAUGCCAGUCCGUCCGGGGGAGCAGUCUGGGAACUUACUAUCACAGAAUUCUGGGCGAAUUUGAACGGUGUGAUGCAUGGCGGUGCUUAUGGGGUCAUAUUUGAUAUGUGCACUGCCAUUUCCAUGAAUCCUAUCGCGAGGGAGGGAUACUGGGAGUUCCUAGCUGGCGUUACCCGAUCACUGAAUAUCUCUUAUCUGAAAGCUGUGCCCAUAGGCACAACGAUACGCAUCAGAGCCAACGUUGUCCAGCACGGGCGAACCAUGGCUCUUAUAAGCGCAGUGAUGGAGUCGCCGGAUGGAAAGGUGGUGUAUGCCACAGCGGAGCACCACAAGGUGCAUGUACCGGUGCAGCCGGAGUAUGCGCAGAGGAUGAAGAAGUGGCGGCAGCGGCGAGAGCUUGCUAAACUGUGA